AUGGAACAUAUAUUUGUCAUUUUUUUAAUGUUUAGUAAGGCCUUUUCAGUUGGAGCUCAAUUCAAUGGAUACAACUGUGAUGCAAAUUUUCACAGCCGCUUCCCUGCUGAGAGAGAUAUCAGUGUAUACUGUGGGGUCCAGACCAUUACCCUCAAGAUCAAUUUUUGCCCUGUUCUCUUCUCUGGCUACACUGACACCGACCUAGCCCUUAAUGGUCGCCAUGGAGAUGCCCACUGCAGAGGCUUUAUCAAUAACAACACCUUCCCCACUGUUGUAAUCUUUAGCAUCAGCCUGGCAACACUUGAGUCCUGUGGUAAUUCUUUGGUGGUGUUAACUGCUCAAGGACCCAAUGCUUAUGGGAACCUGUCCCUGGUGCAGAUUGGAAACAUAUCAGGGUAUAUUGAUACACCAGACCCUCCAACCAUCAUCAGCUACCUGCCAGGUCUGCUGUAUAAGUUUAGCUGCAGCUACCCAUUGGAAUACCUAGUCAACAAUACACAGCUGGCCUCGUCAUCAGCUGCAAUCUCAGUGAAGGAAAGCAAUGGCACUUUCAUUAGCACAUUGAAUCUCCUGCUUUAUAAUGACUCAUCAUAUAUUCAGCAGUUGUCCAUCCCAAUGGCAGGACUGACCCUGAAGACACGCAUAUUUGCAGCUGUAAAAGCCACUAAUCUGGAUAGAAGAUGGAACAUUCUAAUGGACUACUGUUACACCACACCUUCUGGAAAUCCUAAUGAUGACCUGCGUUACGAUCUUUUCUUUAGUUGUGAAAAAGACCCCCAGACCACAGUGUUUGAGAAUGGGAAGAGCCAGAUGGGUCGUUUUGCCUUUGAAGUAUUCCGCUUUGUAAAGCACAAGAACCAGAAGAUGUCCACUGUCUUCCUACACUGUGUCACCAAGCUGUGCCGAGCAGAUGAUUGUGCAAUGCUGAUGCCAAUCUGUGGCAGCAGGAAAAAGAGAGAUGUCUCUGAGGGAAAGGGAUCAAAUGCUGCAUCUGGAAACGCCAUCCUGACUGCUGGGCCUAUCAUAACUCGGAGUGAUGAAAUACCAGCCAAUAAUUCUCAGCUGGCCCAUCUUAAAGCUCCAGUGUUUCACACAAAUACAAUGACCAUCGCACUCAUCUCAGGCAUGAUCAUUCUGGGUGUCAUGUGCCUAUGCUUCUUCAUCAUGUCCCUCACCCUUCUGAAAGGCAAGAGCGCUCCAGUCGGCACCCUGUCAGGAGUCCGAAACCUAACCUUCAACUGAGUAC